UUCACUAAAGCAUAAAAUGCAUCAGUUGAUUUGGAAGACAUUAAAUUUCAUUGCCAAGAGCUACAGAGCCAAAGCAACAGUUAAAUUUAUAAUUUUUCUUACAGAUCUUGGUCAAGUAAAAGAACACGCAGCUGUAACAAAAGACAGAACAUUUUUUGUUGGCCAAAAAGUACUUGUGAGUUUAAGAUCUUGGUCAAGUAAAAGAACACGCAGCUGUAACAAAAGACAGAACAUUUUUUGUUGGCCAAAAAGUACUUGUGAGUUUAAGAAAUUUGACAACCUACAGCGGACAGUGAUUAACGCGACAAUUCUAUUACAAGAAAGUUGA